AUGGAGAUAUACGAGCUUGUAACCCAGACUGAAAAAAUCUCUUGCUUAGACAUCAGACUAGAACUCCCUCCAAACCAAACUAACCCCAACCCAUCCCGAUUUAAUCUCUUAGGCAAGCUCAUCUCUUCGAAAAAUAUAGGCUUUAGCACUGUCAGAGACGUUGUCCUCAAGGCUUGGAGACCCACUUUCGCCUUAGACGUGAGUCGCCUAAAAGGAAACAUCUUCCUCUUUUGCUUCCAUCAUGAAGCUGAUCUCAAUAAUGCCUUUCGAAGGAGACCUUGGUCCAUUAGAGGUGGACAUCUCAUCCUCAAAAAGUGGAGCUCAGAGCUUUCAUGGCAAGAAGUGGAUUUCUCCCUCUCCUCCUUAUGGGUUCAGGUCCAUGGUCUCCUAACUCUUUGGCAAUCCGAUAACAACCUAAGAACCAUUGGAGCUAAAGUUGGUAAUGUUCUAGAGGUAGAUUUCAUUGGCGAAGGUGGCAACGAAUGGAAAAGGUUCACUAGAAUGUUAGUUGACAUUGAUGUCUCAAAGCCUCUGCUUCCUGGAUUCUUCCUCCCACGCCCAAAUCUCAACUAG